AUGUCGCUGAGGGUCUUCGAUACCUGCACAGGCUCAUUCAUCGCCUCACAUGGUCGUCUCCGCUCGGAAUGUUGUUUGGUAACAGACACUUGGCAAGUUAAGAUAUCGGACCACGGUACCACGUCAUUGCGAGAAGAGGAUCUCCUCAAGAAAAAACGUAAACAUUUCCAAAAUAUAAUUCACAGAUAA